AUGUCAUCAAUGUCACGUGGAAUCUCCAAAGAUGAAACAUCAGAUGAUGCUAAUCAAUUGAAUAAUUCUCUGCAUCAUCUGUGCCAUAAAAAGAUAACAAUGAUUCGAAGCUGCUCCGAGAUAACACCACAAGCAGAUCAUUCGUCAUGGCCCGGUCAAUUGACGAUUUCUAGGUCAAGUACUUCAAAUGAAAUGCCGCUUAUUGGAGAAUGUCGUUAUUGUGAUCAGAACUGUCGCUGUUCAUGCUGCCCAUUCUGCGAUCAUCUCGUUAUCAUUUAUGCACCGGCUUCAAAGCCACGUCUUUCAAGUAUCACAUUCUCAACGGUAACGAGCGCUACUGGACUGCCAACAAUUGCCGCUGAGCCUUCUAGGCCUCGAUCAAGUAGUUAUUGGAAGCAACCGGAUCGUGAAAGUUGUAAAGAUGGUGCUAGUCCGGAAAAUAAGCAUUACUUUCAACCACAAACAUCCAACACUUCUGUAGUUGAUGCCACCACAUUGAGCGAUGAAGAAAAAGAAAGAGAGGAUUCGAUAUUGAUUAGAACUUCCAAAAGUAAUCGAAAUACGAAAGAUGAUGAAAUUGAUGCAAGUGUGUUUGCCUGCACAAGUUUGGAACAAAUUGAUGAUCCUGUGAUACGUACAUCAGAUGGUACACAUUACAGUUGUACGGAGUUAAAUUCAGAUAAUGAAUUAGUAAGGAUUGCUGAAUGGGGCUUUCCUAUUUUCCAUUUUGCUGAACGACAUCCAACGACAACACUUAGCAGGAUAGCUUAUUCAGUAUUCAGAGAACAUGGCCUUUUCCGGAUUUUCAAAUUAUCACCAAAUAAAUUUUUUAAUUUUUUUCAUUCAUUGGAAUGCGGGUAUUGGGACAUUCCUUAUCACAAUCGUAUACAUGCCGCGGAUGUGUUACACGGGUGCUAUUAUUUGACAUGUCAUCCAGUUUGUGCGUUCCUCGGUACACAAAAUGGUAGUCCUGAACCUUCAUUAUCUCUUUCUGAUAAUUCUCCAUUACCUCUCUCAAGCAGUAUGAGUACACUUGAACUCAUGGCUUUGUUUACUGCGGCAGCAAUGCACGAUUACGACCAUCCUGGCCGCACAAAUGCAUUUCUUGUUGCAGCUGAAGAUAAAAAAGCUAUUUUGUACAAUGAUCGAUCAGUAUUAGAAAAUCAUCAUGCUGCUGAAUCGUGGCGUCUUCUGUCGAAACCGGAAAAUUCUUUCAUUGAAACAUUAGAUGCCGCUGAAACAAAACGUUUUAGAUAUCUUGUACUGGAGUAUAUCCUUGCCACGGAUCUCAAGCAACAUUUUGAUAUCAUAAUGCAAUUUAAUGAGAAAGCACCGGAUAUGGAUUUAGGUAAUGAGUCAGAUCGUGUGAUCAUUUCACAGAUGCUCAUUAAAUUUGCUGAUAUUAACAGUCCUUCUAAACCAUAUCCACUUCAUCGUCAAUGGACCGAUCGCAUUUGUGAAGAAUUUUAUGGUCAGGGCGACGAAGAGAAAAGACGUGGUAUGGCGGUGUCACCGUAUAUGGAUCGAGAUGAUCCAGCGGUUGCCAAAUUACAGGAUUCGUUCAUCUCGCAUAUCGUUAGUCCAUUAGCUGUUGCAUUGAAUGAAGCCGGUCUGCUACCGAUUUUACCAGGUUUAGAAGAACCGGAAUUGAUCAUCAACCUAAAACACAAUCAUCAGAAAUGGCUUACCGAACUGGAAGGACAAAUGACUUCCACAAAAAUCAUCGAAUCAGGUACCACGGCACCUGCAACCAAUGCACCUAAUCAAUCAUCUUCAAUUUCACUGAAAACAUCAAAUCUUGUAAUCGUCGAAGAGACUAAUAAUGAGGAUAGUAAAUGUGGUAGUAAAGAUUGUGAAAACGAGAAUGGUUAUUCAAGCGAGUAUAUUCAGGUAACUUUCUUCUACUUUUAUGAUAAUUAA